AAAACAGCUAUCAACACUAGCACCUCCACCACCGCCACAUCUUCUGCCAACCUGUCAACAUUGCAACCCCUCCUCUCUCUCGAACUCUUGCGGAAAGGCAUUGCUUUGUGCUCUUUCUUGUUCAUUCUCACAUAUACCAAAAAUAAGCAACUUUUCACCAGAGAACGAUACCCUUAAAAUGAGCGUCAACGAUGCCAUCGCGGCGUUGCCCGCUUACAAGUCCCUCACAUCCUUCAUAAAGGCCGACGACAAGAAGGCACUUGACGACACUGUAAGCGAGUUCAGAGACUUGGCAAAGAAGUCCGAGUCACAGAUUGAGGAUUUCCUGUGGGACACAUACAACGCCAUUUUCGCCGUCGCCAAGCAGACCUCUCCAGAGAACCAGACCCCGCUCAUUGAUUUCUUGCAACGCCUGCGCGAGACCACCGUCACAGCAUCGGAUGGCCAGCCUCUAAAGCUGAACAGUCAGGUUGUCUGGAAGGAUCUUCCCACCUUUGGAUGGGUUGCCCGCGAUCUGUGGAACUUUGACGCCUUUGACACAUCCGCAUCAGCAGAGGAAAAGGCCAGUUGGACAAAUCUCUCCGCCUUCGCCGCCCAGCUCACUGCCCGCGCCGACCUCACCAACCCCCAGGACCCCUUUGAUUUCUCCCUCUAUGGCCUCUGGGCCCUGCGCUCCGCCUUUGAGGAGGAGCAGGCUGCAGACGCCGCCGAAGGCCAGACCACUGCCACCAGACUGGCCUAUCAGUGGACUGUUCACGCCAAGGACGCGCUGUACAAGCUCAGCACCAAGAACCGGGACUUUGAGGGCAAGUCGGGCAAGCCGGGGAGCAAAUUUGCAGACCGCGAGUGGAAGGGACUGAGUGAGGAAAGAUGGCAAUCCUGGACUGAUGGCUUCGCAGCGGUAUCGCAGUCGAGUUCUGACAAGGAGGUGAGCGCUCUUGCGAAGGAGGCUGCGGAGAAGAUGAAGAGCAAAUAAGGGGAGCAGGUACCGUUGCCCAGAGUCUGAUGGCUGCGUCUUGGGCACAGAGGUUUCGAUAGCAAGAUGUUGAUGAUACACACGAAAAUAAGUAUUUAUGUUCUAGUAAUGAGAGCCCUUACUCAUCUACGGCGAAAGAAUAGGUUCAAUCUAAAUAGCAGUACAUGUUCCU